GCGGUAGUGACGCUUAGUGGCGACCGCCAGCAGAGGAAGCGGGGCGAGGCAGGGAGUACUGGUAAACUAGUAUCCAGGCAGGGUGAGACAGCCCGGGACGGGGUUCUGUGACCCGGCUCCACCAUGGGGUGCACAUUAAGUGCCGAAGACAAAGCGGCGGUGGAGAGGAGUAAGAUGAUAGACCGCAACCUGCGGGAGGACGGGGAGAAGGCGUCCAAGGAAGUGAAGCUGCUGCUGUUAGGUGCUGGCGAGUCUGGGAAAAGCACAAUCGUGAAGCAGAUGAAGAUUAUCCAUGAAGAUGGAUAUUCAGAAGAAGAGUGCAAGCAAUACAAAGUGGUUGUCUACAGUAACACCAUUCAGUCCAUCAUUGCUAUAAUACGUGCCAUGGGAAGACUAAAGAUUGACUUUGGAGAUGUGGCCAGAGCUGAUGAUGCCCGGCAGCUAUUUGUUUUAGCCAGUACUGCAGAGGAAGGUAUUCUCUCCCCCGAGCUUGCAGGUGUUAUUAGGAGGCUGUGGAAAGAUGCUGGCGUGCAGGCAUGCUUCUGCCGCUCCCGUGAAUACCAACUCAAUGACUCUGCCUCAUACUACUUAAAUGAUCUGGAUAGGCUCUCGCAAGCAAAUUAUAUUCCUACCCAACAAGAUGUUCUCCGGACGCGUGUCAAAACUACGGGUAUUGUGGAAACACAUUUCACAUUCAAAGACCUUUACUUCAAAAUGUUUGAUGUGGGAGGACAGAGAUCAGAAAGAAAGAAGUGGAUUCAUUGUUUUGAGGGUGUAACCUCAAUCAUCUUUUGUGUGGCGCUCAGUGACUAUGAUUUGCUUUUAGCUGAAGAUGAAGAAAUGAAUCGUAUGCAUGAGAGCAUGAAGCUGUUUGACAGUAUUUGCAACAACAAAUGGUUUACUGACACCAGCAUAAUCCUCUUCCUCAACAAGAAGGAUUUAUUUGAAGAAAAGAUCAGCAGGAGCCCACUUACAAUCUGCUACCCAGAAUACUCAGGCUCAAAUACAUAUGAAGAGGCAGCUGCCUAUAUUCAGUGCCAGUUUGAGGAUCUCAACAGAAAAAAAGACGCAAAAGAGAUAUACACGCAUUUCACAUGUGCGACAGACACAAAGAAUGUGCAGUUCGUGUUUGAUGCAGUGACAGAUGUUAUCAUAAAAAGCAACCUUGUGGAGUGUGGCCUCUACUAACCUGGGAUUACAAGUAAUGAAAGCCCUGAUGGCUGGCUAAUUCUGGGGCCCUGCUAUAUGAGGGAUGUGGUAUUACUCUAUGCACAAGCAACCCUGUUCCUCUCUGGAGGUCCUCCUUUCUCCCCUUGCAUAUGCAGUUUCCACCAUGAUGUGACUCUCCUUGGCCAGAACUGUGAGCUGCUGUCCUUUGAUGUUACCACUAUCUCAACAUUUCAAGUAUUCCAUCACUCUGAAUGGCUGGACUGUUACCGAUCGACACUGUCCGCACUAAGAAUCUUCCUCUUCAGAUGCUGAUCAUUGAAUCUGAAGAAACGGCAGUGUUAUGGCACAGCACUUCUUUGAGACUCUGUGUUAUAAUACAUACUACAGUCAUGAUGUGACGACAGUUGCCAGUCCCAGUGUUGCAUUUAUCUGUCUCCAAGUUUUUCUUUUUUUUUUCUUUUUUUUUUUGCAGUGGGAGAUUAUAUUUAUGUUGUGGACCGAGAUCAGUGAUACUUAUUCUUGCUCUCACCAUGGUGGGUUACACCGAUAAGCCUAAUGAAUUUUAUACUUAAACCAUUCCCAGCACUGAGUAGUGUCUUUUGCUUGGCAUCUACUAUAUGUGAACCAUAUCAGUUCAAUUCCAUUAUUUAAGCUACUCCAUUAGCCACAAAGCACUUUCUCUCAAAUUCUGAUUUACCCAAGUGUCCUUUCCCUGGCUUUUGUCUUUUUUAUUCAUAUGUUUUGGUGCCUUUGCUGCUGUCAUAGCCUACAGCCACUUACCUGCGUGCUCCACGUCUUUUUGGGACCUGUGGUUUCCAGCCUGUUCACCUGCUCAGAUGCAU